GCGCCAUCGGCGGUCAAACCAGUCCCGGAGAAGUGAGGACUGCGGGGGCAUGACGUCACCGGCGCGGGGAGCACCAACCGGCACAUACGACACACACGACUCUCGGCUAGCGCCUCAUACGUACCUACUGUUGUACCUAAAUAAUUGUAAUUUAAGUAAUUAAAAUAAGUAUCUUGAAGCAGGAGUUUUCUUGGAGAGUAAACCCCUCAGCUGAGCUGUACAUGAUUACCAGCUCCGACAAUUGGCGACCGUACGACAGGACUGUACCAAAGUCCACAUUCCAAUCUAACGGGACAUCGACGGGCAAGCGGAAUAUUCCAUACCUACGGAUUGCACCUGCAUUAGUGAUCGUCAUCGCAAUUAAACAGGAAAUGAUAACUAAUCGAGAUAUCUGCGCGCAUUCCUGUGCCAAGCUGGGCGUUUCCCGUGCACGGUGUACCUACUUCGCUGCCAUUCAACGUGCCAUUGGACCUACUGCCGAGACAUUUAAUUGGGCAGAUAACAAAACAGCUGGGCCGACGCCCGUCAUUAGCGCGGCCAGCGCGUGCGCCGCGAAUGAGACAGCUGACCGGGAGGUAUUGUUAUGCACAGCUUUAGUUAAAAUAACAAACAUUCAAAAUAAUAAAUCUCAAAUUGUUAGGGCAAUGUUAGACCCUGGUUCACAGAGAUGUUUUUUAACUGAACGCAUGAGAAAUAAAUUGGGAUUUUCUAAUAGUAGAAAGCCGGCUUGUAUAAACGUCUUAAAUAAUUUAUCGUUUAAUGUCUCUGACCGGUGCAAGCUCACUUUAAGUUCGUUAACGAGCCCUUAUAAAAUUGAUAUUCGUUGUUUUGUGGUGGAUGAUCUCGUAGACUGUUUACCUAAUAAUUAUGUAGAUACCUCAGACUUGAACAUACCUGAGGAUAUGCAGCUAGCGGAUCCUGGUUUCUAUCGUCCAUCUCAAAUUGAUCUUCUACUUAGUGCUGAAUUUUUCUUCAAUAUCACGACGUCGGAGAAAAUCGAGCUCGGACCAAAUAAACCUGUUCUUCAAUCUUCAAAAUUAGGUUGGUUGGUCGCGGGACCCCUCGGUGACCUUGACUCUGACGACGACGAUGACGAGAUUGUACAAUGUUGCUUCACGAAACAAAUCUCACAAGAUCUCACUCGGUUCUGGGAACUUGAAGAAAUCUCAUUACCUAACGUCGCGAAAAUCGAUGAGGAAAAUAUUUGCGAAAAACACUUUGUAGAUAACACGCGACGUUUAGACGACGGUCGAUUUUUAGUUAAAAUGCCGUUACGUGAAAAUCCUGAAAACGCGCUUGGCGAUAGUUUUAAUAUGGCAAAAAAACGGUUCUUGAAUUUAGAAACUCGAUUGGAUAAAAAUCCAGUUCUUAAAAAACAGUACUGCGACUUUAUCAAGGAGUACGAAGAACUAGGUCACUUGAAUAAAAUUGAUAAACCCGACUUUGGUUACUACGCGCCGCAUCACGCAAUUAUUCGUGACAGUGAAACUACGAAAUUGAGGGUAGUUUUUGACUGCAGUGCUAAAUCUACCUCCAAAAAAUCAUUAAAUGAUUUGCAAUAUAUCGGACCCGUUAUACAGGAUGAAUUAUUUGAUAUCCUCAUUAGGUUCCGGCAGCAUGAAUUCGUUUUGUCCGGAGACAUACAAAAAAUGUACCGGCAGAUUCUCUUGGAUGAAUCGCAGCGCCAUCUACAAUUAAUUCUUUGGAGAGACGAUAAAACGGGGCCGCUUGAUGUACUUCGGCUCAAUACGGUGACUUACGGGACCAGCUCAGCGCCUUUCUUAAGUGCUAGGUGCCUUGUACAGUUGGCAAAUGAAUGUCCCGACAAAACAGUUUCCGAGAUAAUGAAGCAUGAUUUUUAUUACGAUGAUUUCCUGAGCGGCGCUGAAAGUGAAAGCAAAUUAAGGCACAUAUACGAGCUCGUUAAAAAAACGCUCGCCUCAGCUUGCUUUCCCAUUCACAAGUUUAGAACUAACUGCCCACAAAUAUUCGAAGAUGACUGUACGUCAACACAGUCAUUAGACUUAAAUAAACAGGCCAGCGUAUUAGGUUUAAUUUGGUUUCCUGAUCAUGAUAACCUACAAUUUUCAGUGAAAUUGGACAAAAAUACUUCUGCCAUUACAAAGCGGGUAAUUUUGUCCAAUACUUGCAAAAUAUUUGACCCACUGGGUUUGCUCAGUGCAUGCACAAUCAAAUUGAAAAUACUGCUUCAGAAUUUAUGGACGCUUAAAUUAUCUUGGGACGAUGCAGUACCAAGUGAUGUCAAGAAAAUAUGGUUAAAAUUUUUGUCGAAUGUGCAUGUUCUGGCAGGCUUAAAGGUUCCUCGACACGUUUUGUGUUCCAGCCCAACUUCAAUUGAGAUGCACUGUUUUGUGGACGCUUCACAAGCCGCUUAUGCUGCGUGUAUCUACUUGCGGUCCACAGAUGGCGCUGGCAAUGUAGCUAUUAAUCUUUUAUGUGCCAAAACGCGCGUGGCCCCAUUACGUACUUUAUUGACGAUCCCGAAGCUUGAGUUGUCGGGGGCGUUAUUAGGCGCGCGAUUAGCUGCAAAGGUCACCAGUGCGUUGCGCUGUUCUGUGGAGCGCAAGGUUUUCUGGACUGACAGUUCGGUGGCGUUGGGCUGGAUACGAAACAAACCUAAACUAUUUAAGGCUUUUGUAUCAAAUCGUGUUAAUGACAUACAUGAAUUGACUACGAGAGAUUCCUGGCGACAUGUGCCGACUGCCUUGAACCCUGCAGACUUGGCCUCGCGAGGAGUCGAACCUGGUCAGUUACCGGAACUUAGUUUAUGGUGGCAUGGCCCAUCCUUCCUAUUGCAGGAUGAGAAUAACUGGCCGCAAAAUAUAGGGUCUAUAGAUACCAACUUACCUGAAAGGAAAAGCGAUUGCCCAAUAUUUGCCUUGAUUAAUAUUGAGCAAUCACCCUUGAUAACAUUUGAAAAUUAUUCUAAGGCUAAUAAAUUAAAAAGGAUUGUAGCAUAUAUUUUUCGCUUUAUUCACAACUGUAAAAACCCUAACAUGAAGACAAAAGGAACCUUAAAAUUAGAUGAAAUUGAUAAUGCCUUAACUUACUUAGUAAAACUAUCACAAAAACAAUCUUAUGCUAUAGAAUUAACUGCACUUUUACAGGGAAAAAGGCUUAAAACUAAAUCCUACUUAUUGCAAUUAGCUGUCUUUGUUGAUGGCGACAGCGUGAUUAGAGUAGGUGGUCGCCUACAAAAUGCCGAUUGCAAUUAUGAACAAAAGCACCCCAUCCUAUUGGAUGGCAAACAUUAUUUUACACGGCUCUUGAUGGAAGGCGAACACCUACGUCUACUGCAUGCUGGCCCUCAGUUGCUUCUUAGCUCCAUACGCGCCGAGUUCUGGCCAGUAGGCGGACGGACUUUAGCUCGCAGCGUCGUUCAUAAAUGCAUCACAUGCGUACGACUGCGAGGUGAAGCUAUGAAGCCACUGAUGGGCAAUCUACCUGCGGAUAGGGUCACUUCAUUUUACCCCUUCCAGGUGUGCGGUCUUGAUUUUGCGGGACCCUUCAUGAUUUCCAGUAAAAAGGGAAAAGGUAAUCGCAUAACAAAAUGCUAUUUAAACAUUUUUGUCUGCUUUGCGACCAAGGCCGUACACCUGGAAGCAGUCAGCGAUCUUAGCACUAACGCCUUCAUCUUAAGCUUACGUCGGUUUGUGGCUCGAAGGUCUAGACCGCAUACAAUUUAUUGCGACAAUGGCACUAACUUUGUAGGGGCGAAUAACGAAUUAGGUAGAAUGCUAAGGUCCGCUCAAAAUUCAGUUUAUGAGUUUGGCAAUGAAGAAAACAUUAAAUUCAUUUUCUCCCCCCCCUACUCACCUACUUUCGGUGGGAUUUGGGAAGCAGCUGUCAAAUCAGCCAAAUUCCACUUAAAGCGAAUUAUGGGUAAUGCUAGUCUGACGUUUGAGGAGUUGAGCACGUUAUUUUCCCAAAUUGAGUCUAUCCUGAAUAGUAGACCCCUUACUCCUUUCUCGUCAGACCCUACUGAUCUUUCCCCUCUGACUCCAGGGCACUUUCUGGUGGGACGGCCCAUGACUUCACUGCCGUCACCCCCGUUUGUCUUAAAAACCCUGAUAGGUACCAGCGUAUCGAGCAGCUGCGCCAGCAUUUCUGGCAAAGAUGGCGGAACGAGUACUUGGCCGAGCUGCAGCAACGUACCAAAUGGCGCCAGAGGCAGAAGGAGCUUAAGGUUGGAGACCUGGUGGUGUUCAAGGAGGAGAACACCACACCACUUAAAUGGAGGCUUGGGAGAGUCCUGA